UGGACGGCGGUGCUAGCGAUUAGCACGCAGAUUUCUAUGAUCGUGAUUUGAGGGGUCCGUUAAAUGUAACCGAGCCUUAAAGCUAAUUCACAAUCUGAAACAUUACAUUUGGAGAAGAUGCAGGAUGACGCGCGCUACCUCAAACGCAAAGUGACUGCAGGCAGUUUGGAUGUCCAUCCCACAGAGAAGGCCCUUGUGGUCCACUAUGAAGUGGAGGCGUCCAUACUGGGAGAGGGUGGAGGUCACAUGCUGGGCGAAAGAAAGGAGGGUCAAAAAAUUAUCCGAGUGAAAAGUCUUUCUCCGAGCACAGAUGUGGGAGCCUUGGCCAAGAAAGUGGUGGAGGAGUGUAAACUCAUCCCUCCUUCCCGUUUGCCCCAGGUGGAGCAGCUCCUCUACUACUUGCAGAACAGGAAGUCAUCACCCGUGGAAGGCAAAGCGGAGAAGAAAGAGAAAAGAACAGUGAAACCCAGAGAGCUGACACCGUUUGAAGGAAUGGAGUUAGAUGAGGAGGCCAGUAUCACCCGGGUGGACGAGUAUAUUGAACUGCUCUAUGAAGGCAUCCCAGAAAAGAUCAGAGGCUCUGCUCUCAUUCUGCAGCUGGCCCGUAACCCUGACAACCUGGAGGAGCUGCUACACAACGAGGCAGCCCUGGGUGCUCUGGCCAGAGUACUGAGGGAGGACUGGAAACAGAGUGUAGAGCUGGCUACCAUCAUUAUUUACAUCUUCUUCUGUUUCUCCAGUUUCUCCCAGUUUCACGGAGUGGUGAGUCAUUAUAAAAUCGGUGCGUUGUGCAUGAGCGUGGUGGAACAUGAGCUGAAGAGACACGACGUGUGGCGAGAGGAGCUACGCAAGAAAAACAAGGCUUGUGAGUCAGCACCAGAGAACGGCUCUCUGAGAAGAGACCAGGACAAAGCUGUGAGGAAAUACCACGGCCUUCUCUCCAAACAGGAACAGCUUCUCAGAGUAUCUCUUUACCUCCUGUUGAACCUUGCCGAGGACACGAGGACGGAGCUGAAGAUGAGGAAUAAAAACAUCGUCGGCCUGCUCGUCAAAGUCCUUGAAAGGGAUGACGAGGAACUGCUGGUCCUGGUGGUUUCAUUCCUCAAAAAACUCUCCAUCUUCCUGGAGAACAAAAACGACAUGGCUGAGGUGGACACUGUGGAGCGAUUGGCUCGUCUGGUUCCCUGCGACCAUGAAGACCUGAUGAACCUGACUCUGCGUCUGCUGCUCAACCUCUCCUUUGACUCUGGGCUCCGAGGCAAGAUGGUGGAAGUUGGACUGUUGCCUAAAUUAACUGCCUUGUUGGGUGAUGAGAACAACCGGCAGAUUGCCAUGCGUAUCCUGUAUCACGUCAGCAUCGACGACCGCUUUAAGGGCAUGUUUGUUUACACUGACUGCAUACCUCAGCUAAUGCAAAUGCUGUAUGAGCACGGAGAGGAUGAAACCGAGGCUGAGCUCAUCUCCAUCUGCAUCAACCUUGCUGCAAACAAGAGGAACGCACAGCUCAUGUGUGAAGGAAAUGGGUUGAAGAUGCUUAUGAAGAGAGCUCUGAAGAUGAAAGACUGCCUUCUGAUGAAGAUGAUCAGAAACAUCUCACAACAUGACGGACCAACCAAACCAGUGUUCAUAGACUAUGUUGGUGACCUGGCAGCAGAGAUCCGUGCAGAGGAAGAGGAGGAGUGGGUUCUAGAGUGUCUGGGAACGCUGGCCAACCUCACCAUCCCUGACCUGGACUGGGAGUUGGUGCUGAAGGAGUACAACCUGGUACCCUACCUCAAAGACAGACUGAAACCAGGCUCAGCAGAGGAUGACCUCAUCCUGGAGGUGGUGAUUAUGAUCGGAACAGUUUCCAUGGACGAUGCCUGUGCCGCCAUGUUGGCUAAAUCUGGCAUUAUUCCUGCACUUAUUGAGCUGCUGAAUGCCCAACAGGAGGACGAUGAGUUUGUGUGUCAGAUCGUCUACGUUUUCUAUCAGAUGGUGUUUCACCAAGCUACACGAGACGUCAUCAUCAAAGACACCCAGGCUCCAGCCUACCUGAUAGACCUGAUGCAUGACAAGAAUGCUGAGAUCAGAAAAGUGUGUGACAACACCCUCGAUAUCAUUGCUGAGUACGAUGAGGAGUGGGGAAGGAAAAUUCAGUCAGAAAAGUUCCGUUUCCAUAACAACCAGUGGUUGGAGAUGGUCGAGAGCCGCCAAGCUGACGAGUCUGAACCAUAUCUCUAUGAUAAUGAUGACAGGACUGAUCUAUUCUACAGUGCAGAUGGAAUAACUCCAGCAGACGGUUCAGUCAGCCCAGAUUUCUUCAAUGACCUACAGACUCAAAAUGGAGAAAUGCACCAUACAGGAGAUGGCAGCGACGUCUUUGACCAGACCAGCUCGUCACCUGGACGACCAGCUACCGCCUACGGCUUCAGACCUGAUGAGCAGCCCUUCUAUCAGUACUCAUAGACACACACACAGGACGUCCUGUCCUCUUACACACAUUCCACAUCACCCUCCUGCAUGUCCACUGUUAAUGCACAUCUCCAGAUCAUAUUUCACUGCUAGAAUCCUUCCUGAAGGCAUCACAUUGGUAUAGUUACCCACAUGAUGACCAUAGAGGAUGACAUGUAUAAUACUGAUGAGGACUGAAACACUACCACUGCAGAUUUGAAACUAGUUUUCCCUGCAGUCACAUUUCAUUACCCAUUUCAAUCAUUCACCAUUAUGUAAACGUAGUAGUUUUCCUUACACACUGACUACAGUCUUCUUAUCGUGACUUCCCAGUGGGUCAGCUAAUAAUUUAAAGAAUGUGAAGAGACUUAACAUUUCUAAUAUAUGCUGAUACGUUUUUGCACGUUUUCCUUUGUAAUAAUGAAUAUUUGUUGCCUCUUCAAAUCCACUGAAAAAAAACAUUUAGUUAAAUGUUUCAUUUUCCUGUUGAGCGUUUGAGGUCCAACAGUAUCUAUCAUCUAUCACCACGUCUACAUCUCAUUUUAUUAACAUGCACUAUGAUGUACAUAGCUGUCUUUUGUCCAAUGUUGUUUUUAGUGAUCCUUAUAACUUAUAACAGUGCUUUCACACUGACAAACUUGUCUUCAGCCCCAACAGACGCUGACUUGAGUGAAAUCCCCUCUCGACAUUAAUCAGACUUCGGUUAGCUUCCUCUAUUAUUUUCCCCAUUCAUGUCAAAACAGGCUACCUUGUUUUCAGACAUCAGCCGUAGACGGCUGCACUCUGAUGGGGAAAGUAGAACCACAGACUGGAGAACCGUCUGAGCAGCAGGGUUGUGACAAAGGGGGACUGUCGAAUUCAAGUAGGAAAUUCAAAAAAGUAACCCAGUAUGAAAGUGGCUUAAAAAUGUUGCCCCUAAAUUGAAGCUUAGCACCAUCAUAUGCUUCUGGUGUUUUGUUUUUUUGUGGCCACCACUCAGUGUGCUGUAUAUUUUACUGAUGUCAAACCAUAACAGUAUUAAUUCAUUUAUUCAGCGAUGACAAAAAUAGAAACCCUGUCACUGCAGAAUAAGUGGGCCCUCUCUCUCCAACAAUGCAGUAUGUCACUUUAUAAUAAAAUGAUGUUAUUGACCUGGCACCAUACACCAAGCCCCCAGGAAGCCUUUGAAGACAAUUUUCAUAGUGGCCAAACCAUGUAAGUACUUCCGGGUCCGUCAUGUUUCAUUAGUAACUGACAACAAGUUUUAAAAAUGGUGACUUGAUUCUCACCAAUUUAAAUCCCAGUUUGGUUAAGGGAACAAAUACAGUACCCUUAACACGGCAUUUACUGCUAGACCACAGAGUAUGUCCGAAUGUAUAAAUGUGAAUCAGAGGUGUAUAGAGAAGCAUUUCAAAACAACAGUUUAUUGACUAAACUACUUACGAAAAGGGGCGUCACACAUACUGUAUUUGCAGGACACUGACAAUUAACUACAUUCUGUGUUACUUCUAGGCAUAUUUGCACAUAUAUAGAUAUUGUUACAUUUUUAUGCAUUGUAUUGUUUUUUAUUGUAAGUUAUUGUUAAUCUCUGUAUUAUUAUGUUUUUUUUAUAAUAGUUGAUUUUAUUGCUAUUUAACAAGACACUGUAAACAUAGUACUGGGCUAAACAUACUCUCCAUCUCUCUCACUGUCUUUCAUCCUCAGGUUAUUUAAUAAAAGAUAAAUA